AGUGACUGAGCGAGAGGCAGGAGAGGGAGGAAGCCUUUCAGUAGAUGACCGAGACACAGAGGGAGGAGGAGAGAGAGAGAGAGAGAAUCCACAGGACGUGAGUGCCGGCAGCAGAGGAGGAGGAGGGGGGGAGCUUCCAGACUGGAUGACUGGAUGGGCCCAGCAAUGCCUUGAUGGAGCAUGGGCCAGGUUUUAGGAUUCUCCCACUGCCAGGAAUAUGGCUCCGUGGCAUCCACUCCAGACUCAACUCCUCCCUGCACUGAUGGUGGAAAUGAGGAGUCAGAGAUGUAUGAGCUGCAAACGGCCAGGGAGUGGUCCGACGAUGAUGACGGGGGCGAUGGAGAUCCAGAUGAUGAUGAUGAGGGACUGGCUUCAUCCCCGUCCAUUUGGGGCACACCGCGUCAGAACUCCUUCGAGCAGACUUUCUCCUACAUCGCUAUUGCCGAGGCUGAAGCAGUGGGCACCUCUAGACUCCUCCGCGAUCGACGCAGGGCUGGUUCUCGAGGAAGUCGCACUCCUCUGAGCCGCACGGACACCCUGGAAACACUGUUGGACUCCCCUGAUGUAGACUGGGAUCCUCAACCAUUCCUCAGUAGAGAGGAAGAAGAGGAAACGUCAGAAAGCAGAGAGCAUGAGAGAGUUGAGACGAGGACAGAAAGUGCUGGAGAAAGAAGGGAAAGGGAGCAACAAAGACAAACUGAAACUAUUACAAUUCAGCCCUCUCCCCAAAACCUGGACCCAGAACCUCAAGGGAGCGAUGAAGGAGUUCAAAGAGAGGAGAGUGUUAACGAGAGUGUGGAGAAUUCCCCUUCCAUCCUGUCAUCCCUGCAGCAGAGCCCCUCACAGAUACUUCAGACAGCAGCAGCUGAGCCAGUAUCUCCCGUUGCCAGGGAAACCAUUUCAGUCAAGCUUCUCACAUCUGUGCGACCGGGAGACCCAGCGUCAUAUUCGCCGCCUGCCAUUGGCCUAAACACUCAGGAACAACUGGUCAGAGAUCACUGGUUUUCAGCACUUAACCUAACAGAGGACUGGACAGCAUGCACACACAUAGCAGUGAUGGACUUGAUCUACUGGAAGGACACGGAGCGGAGUGGCAUGGUGCUCACAGGGUUAGUGGUGGGAUUGCUGUCCCUGUUCCAGCUCAGCAUCAUCACUGUGGUCUCCACAGUCUCCCUGGCUAUCAUGUGCUUCACCAUCUCAGUACGGAUCUACUACCAACUCCUCUACAUCCUCAGCUGGGGUGAUGGAGAGCAUCCGUUCAAGUCUUAUUUGGACUUGGACAUCAGCUUCAGUGGAGAGCAGGCUGACCUUUAUAUGCAGAAACUCAUUGUGAUGACUCUGUCAGCUGUUGACACUCUGAAGAGACUCUUUUUUGUUGGCAACCUUUUUGAAUCCCUCAAGUUCCUGUUUCUGAUGUACCUUGUGACAUACCUGGGAGACCUGUGCAAUGGCCUUACUUUGCUCAUCAUCAGUGUGAUCGCUGUCUUUUCUCUGCCCCUUUUUUAUAGACGACGUCAGGAGCAGGUUGAUGGCGUUAUUGCAAAAAUCCAGGCCCACAUUUACAACAUCAAGGACAUUCUUCAAAGACUUGUCCAGGGUGGUGGCCCUCCUCCUGAUCCAACUCCUGGUGGUGCCAAACCCAAAACCCAGUAAUCACUCAUGGACAGCAACUUAAAGAGAAGCUACAAGAGUUACAGACUGUCACUCAGAUGUCUUACAUGGCAGUCUGUGCUCAGAGCUCCACAGAACAGAGCUCCAGAAACUGGGGAAGGGAAGGAAAGGGAGGUUAUUUAAAUAAAUGAUGAGGAGGACUACGCAUGGUACUUCACACUAACUGUAUCCAAGUUAUAGGGGUUAGAGGAUGGGGCUGAGAUGAUUCUGCUUCAUGGUGAAAUGAAGGUGUAUGAAUCCUGGAUAGGACUCUUGCUGCUGGUGUCGAAGACGAAGAGAUUCUGCAGCGCAGGUGAUUGCGCAUGACCAUCUUUGGAAAUAUUGUUUUUGACAUGUAAAAAUAAUUCAAAAAGUGUCUUAAAUUGAGCUGUAGUCCAAAAUGAGGUACAAGACCAUAAAAGGGAAGUUCCCACGCUGACAGCUACACGCCUGAGUAAAGGGAAUCGAGUCGUUGAGAGGAUUUGUGCGAGAGGACUAAUACAGGGGUCAACACAGAUCACGGCAGCAUAAAACUGGCAAUUAAAGAUGUGUGUGAAAUCACAUGUACAUUUCUCCAUGCAUAUUCAUUCACAUGACUGUUUAUCUGUGUGUAUGCAGGUGUGUAUGGACGUUUCUGUGUGUGUGUGUGUGCAUGUAUGCGAGUAACUGACAUAGAGCUUGCUCAAACAAAACUGUUACCCAGCAAUUAAAGUCACAUUUCUUAAUUUUCCAAAA